AUGGUCAGUACGCGAUCCUCCUCCCGCGCCGACAGCAUCGGCCCCGAGUCGACAUCGCCGCCCUCAACACCAACAUCCACCUCCCGCAAGCGCAAGUCCGUCACCUCCGCGCCCUCAACCACCACCUCCACCCGCCGUCGCGCCCACAAGGCAUCCUCAUCCGCCUUCGAACACGCACCCACCUUCUGGACCCUCCUCUGGAUGGGCAUCUCCCUCCCCCUCGUCACCUGGGACACGGGCUACGUCCUCGGCCGUCCGCACACGAUGGAGGGCGGCGCCGCCCACUGGCCGCUCUGGCUGCCCUACAAGCUGUACGGCGAGGUCGACCACAUCUACGGGUGGAAGGCAUUCCGCGCAAACAACGGCUUCACCUCUGCGCAGGGCUUCCUCAACGUCCUCGAGACCUUGAUGUACGCCGUGUACUUGUGGCUGUGGUAUUCGCGCGGCGAGGUCACCAGCCAGGGGAGGGUUGUGACGGGUCGCAUUGGCGCGUUGGCCGUCUUGAUUGGCUUUAGCUCGGCUGUCAUGACGCUGAGCAAGACUGUUCUUUAUUGGGCGAAUGAGUACUUUUCGGGCUUUGACAACAUUGGCCAUAAUAACCCUAUUGAUUUGAUCUUUCUCUGGAUUAUUCCCAAUGGCGCAUGGCUCGUCGGCUCCGCAUACAUGAUCUGGUCCAUGGGCGCCGAAAUCCUCGACGGUCUAGAGGCUGCUUCCCAUGCUAAGAAGGAAUAA